CCUAUCCUUCCUCCUUCCCCCAAAUCCCUCCUGACACGAUCGAGCUCCCCUAUUCCCCGUCUUCCUCCGCGCCGCCUUGAGCUGCUCCUCCGGUGAGAUCCGCCCCCGGAAGCCACCCUCCGUAGGCGGCUCCGAGCCCGCGCUUCUCCGCCGCUGACCUCUGUCGGCCGGCUCAGGAAGAAAAGAACUUGAGCCAUGGGAAAGAGAAAGUCCGCGGCUAAGCCACCACCUAAGAAGAGGAUGGACAAGCUUGAUACAGUAUUUUCCUGCCCAUUCUGCAAUCAUGGCAGUAGUGUUGAAUGCCGGAUUGAUAUGAAGAAUCUGAUCGGCGAGGCUUCUUGUAGAAUCUGUCAGGAAAACUUCAGCACCACUGUCAAUGCACUGACUGAACCAAUUGAUAUAUAUAGUGAAUGGAUCGAUGAGUGCGAGCGUGUCAACAAUGUCGAAGACGAGGAUGGUGCAUGAUCAUGCCAUCAUCAUGCCCCAACGUUUGAUAUAGCCGUAUUGUAAUGGGUGCUAUUAUUGACUGCCAUCGUCACCGUCAGCCACGUCUAUAAUAGUGUAAUAGUAGCGUUCUAAGGAUGCAAUGGCUGAUUUGGUUUAUUAGUAGGCAGUUCAUCCUGCACCUGAAAUAAGCACCUGAAGACGUGGUAUACCUACAUAUCGAGAAACUCAAAAACAGCUUAUUAUGCGUGUGUAAUUGUACGGGCAUAGUGCCCUUAUGGGAUGCUGUAACCAUGGUUUUCGAAUCAAAACUAGUAUGUUCCAUGGAUGAAAUUUCUCUGAAUUUAGAGACUAUAUAGUUGAAAACGUUCUGACA